GUCUUACAAAUUCCCGGAUACUAUGAAGAAAAGAAAGUGAAGUGGAUGGCGGCGAGAAGUGGAGGAUUAUCUGUUGGGCGGAAGCCAUCUGGCUUUCCAAGCUCCCAACAACAAGCCGUGUUUAAACGUUUUAUCUUAGAAUUCGUUAAUUCCUUGUAUAAGGAUGAUCGUAAAGCAUUUAGAUAUUGGUGCAAAGGGUUCAUUCCAGGGAAGGAUUUGGAUAUAAAUGUCGAUGACGAUGGGGAUAUUUUUAGCCUGAAAUUCAUCCGAUUGCUUCGAGUCGUUUUCUCCUCUCAACAACGUCUGAAUCGACGGGCCGUUAAUGCCGUCCAGUGACGUCACUCACUACCCGAAAACCGGGUAGUGAUUUUGAUUGGUUGAUUGUUUAAACAUUCGCAUAAUUAUGUAUAAUUAUGAAAAAUUUUAGCGGGAUUGUCGCUUGAUAUUCAGCGGAUCGCAUCCCUGGCAUUCUUUCGUGUAGUUCAAACAUUUCGAUAAGCUUAAUCUUUAUCUUAAACAGCAAAAUUGCCCUUGUCUUCAAAACUGAAAUGCUAAAUUGAACUGCGAAUGAAGAAUCAUUGCGGAGAGUCGGUAGGUUUUUCAUUUAGAGCCGCUUUGUGGUUUCGGCCACGGUGAUUUUGUUUACGUGAAGUUUUCUGAGAUCACUGUUAUAAUUCGACGUUCUUGCUAUUUUCACCGUCAAGUGUAACGAUUCUGUUAGCUUUUCUUUCUUGUUUCCUUGUUUUUUUUUCGUUAAGGACCAAAUAGCUUCUUUUCAAUUAAAGCAAAUCAUUGUGUUUUUGAACUAAGUGUUUCAUGUGUGUGUUUAUUUCAUUGCGUGAUUGCGACCGAGUUUGAUUAUAGAAUUCAGUACAACCGGUUUAGAGUUGUACUGCAUGCAGUUGAUAGUUUGAACGUUAAAAAUGAAUUACGAUCGAAAAAAAUAAAGCAAUUCUGUAUCAUGCAGACAUUUCCAAGCGAUAUUUCUCGGUUUGCCACUUGAAAAUCAUGUUUUACUUUUUGCAUGAAUUAAAGCAAAGGUCAAGGAGUAGUGACGUCACUGGACGGCAUUAACGGCCGGUCGAUUCAGACGUUACUGAGGGAGUAAUAACGACUCGAAGUAAUCGCAUGAAAUUCAGGCUAGGAUAUUUUUAAAUUGAUUGAGUUGUUACAGGAUCAUAAUCAGUUGUUGUUUGAUGACAUGUCGUUGCUGAAAAAGUUUCUCUCAGGGGUUAAGCGAAUUGAUUUGCUGGUUAAGUUAGAAAAGGCGGAAUUGAGUAUCGUGGUUGGCAAAAUCUUGGAGCGUUAUAAGAAGGGUUUUUAUCAAGGUAGUGUUGCUGGUGAUUUUUACGCGGAAGUUGUGGGGUUACUGGUUUCGAGGAUUUCUCAAGUGUUGGAACAGGUACGACGAAUUUGCGGUGACGAGCGUGUUUUACUUUACCUAGAUGGCGUGAUUCGUGAGUAUCUUCUGAGUUCUGAGUCUACUUGGUCGAGAGUAACAGCUGUUCUGGUGAUUUUGGCCGAGCUUUCAGCGGCGGUAGACGAAGAUGUACAAACAACCAUUGACUUGCUAGCAGAGAGUAUGCACAAACUUGGAGGAAUGGUAAGAGUUUAUGAUAGCAGUUAA